AUUGGCGAUCACAAUCGGACCUUGGGACUAUCUAGGUUCUUUGAUUAACCGACUAUGCGUGUUUUGGGAAUGUGGGAGGAAACCCGCGAGGACGGGGAGAACAUGCCAACCCCACACGGGAAGGCCUGGAAUCGAACCCCAAUACCGACAGUGUCCUCAUGGAGGCAGUCAUUCCCGCAGUAUUCACAAAGAAGAAGACAAAACAAGAGGCGUUUCCGGGUUGGCUCGCGCUGCUCGGCUGGCGGAGCGGCUAGCUAGCUAGCUAGCUGGCUAGCUCCAGAUAAGUAGCCGUUUAACUAGUCGAACAGGAGUUAGACUAGUUAAAUCGCGUUUGUCUUGAUCUGAGGUCAAAUGCGGAAUAAGUUUGGAAAGCCGCGAAGGAGCGACACAUCGUCAGUUAGAAAUGCUAACCGGCGGCGUCUGAGCGAUUCGCCCCCGAUACGAACGAGUUCCGUUAGCAUGGCGACAGUUGCUAAGGUGUGACGACAUGACGUGAUUGCCCCCACGUUGAUUUGGCCGCUCCACACUUUAGGGGGCUCAUGCGCGCGCCUCCGUCCGAUGGAGGUGGCGCGUUGCCCUGCUCGGCCAACAAGAUGACGCGACGCUUGAGCCGGCGGCUGCUUGUGCCCUUGUAUGCAGGAGGCCCGACAUGGACGCCCGCCCCGAGUGCGACAUCGCGGCUGCUGAAAAGGGGCCGAGUCGUAAGCCCGAUGGACGCCGCGGUGGUAAGUCUGCUUGCGGUGAAAAACGCAUCAGGAAUCCUCUUUUCGUGGCUUGCUUGUCUCCAGCAGGACUCCUGAGCGCUUUUCACAAGAUCUUCAGCGACCGCAACACUCUCAACAUUCAGUCCAUCGGUCACCUGGAAUGUGUUGGUUCGUGUCCCGAUUUGACGAUGAGUAGAAGAGACGCGGCGGCCGCGCCGGCGGCCCCCCUGGCCGCACUCACCCCCCGGCUGCCCCCCCGGGCUCUAUGCCAUCGGCCCCUCUGCGCGUCGGUGUCCUCGGACAGCAGCGGACGCUUCAAAGCCCUCCACACGCAGGAGUGGAAGAACAACCUCAAAGCUCAGAUGGAGCAGGCCCACAGCGCAGGCGCCGCCAGCAGCACGGGCUCCCUGGAGCGGGCGUCCCUCUUCUGCGCCCCGGGGGGGCCGCCCAAGGCGUCGGCGGCUCGCUUCUCGCUCUUCUCGCCGCCGCGGAACGUCGACUCCGACCCGCCGUCUCGAUCGGGCUCCAAGAAGCUGCGCAACUACGGCCGGCGGGCGGCCACGGGCCCGGCCGGCGCCCGCGAGCCGCCCGGGGGCGAGGCCGGGGGGGGCGCCUCCCCGUCCCCGGGCCUCCCGCGGCAUUUCGAGCCGGUCAUCUCCAAGGUGACGGACUACAUCUACGUGGGCAACCUGAACGCGGCCUACAACGGGCGGGCGCUGUGCCGCAACAACAUCGACAGCAUCAUCGACGUGAGCGGCGCCCCGGGGAGGGCGGCGCCCGCCCACAGCCUGAUCCCCUGCACCUGCUCGCGCGGCGCCCGCCACAGCUGGUCCCGCCUGAAGGUGGACAUCGCCCACGUCAAGCCGCGCUGCUUCGAGGACGUCAACGAGUGCAUCCACGCCUCGGCCGGCAAGCGCAAGCGGGUCCUGGUCCACUGCGGCGACGGCUUCUCGCUGGCGCCCACCUGCGUCAUCCAGUACCUGAUGCUCAAGCGCGACAUGCGGCUGGUGGCCGCCUACGAGCUUCUGCGCGCCAGGUACCCCGUCAACAUCCGCGAGUGUCACCGAAACCUGCUGGUCAGCCUGGAGAGGACGCUCAGGCCCGGCGACGCCGACCCGGAGAGCUUCAGGCAGGCCAUCUCCAGGAAAGUGGCCUGGACCUGACAAUCCGGAAUCCUGAAUCCGGAAUCCUGAAUCCUGAAUCCUCCCGUUCGGAUUGCGGUUCCUCGCGGACCUCCGGUUGAUGUUUGUCAAGAACUCUUUGAUUUGACUCUAUUGAAAGGGGUUCGAGUGCCACGUGGUCCAGCGGACCCUCCGGUUGACCUUUUGUGAGCGUUCUCUCCCCAAGAAACGGGUUUUAGGGGUGGGGGGGGGGGUUUAAGGGCCAUUGCAACAAACUGCUCAAACAUGCCCCUGGUUCCGGAGAUUUGGUGUCGCAUGGCUGGGUCCACGGUUCAGGUUUUUAGCCUAUUUUCUCAGAUUUUCUUUUUUUUUAAGCUUCAUCACCACAUCUCUGGAGACUUUAGCCUCAAAACCCCAAGAAUUGAGUUUGAGGAGAUCCGAGACCACUUGAGCUGCCAUUUCCAUUUUUUUUUUUGAAGCCCCAUCCCACCGUGUCACGCCCUCAGUGAACCAGAUGCCGUCUCAACCUCCACUUGAUAUUUGAGAAGAACUCUGUCGGCGACUGUGCGUCGUGUGGUUCUAGUACCAGAUGGUCCAGCAAUUUUAUGGAGGGGAUGGACUUAGAUGUCAUCGUUUCUGUGUGUUGCCUUCCAAAGGAUUUUCUUUGUUCUUUUGUUUGCUCCAUCCCAACGCCUGAGAUCCUUCCUGAAAGCCAGUGCUGGUUCCAGAGGUGUGCUUCUUGGACCACGUGGGAGCGACAUCGCCACAUCUGCAGCUUGUCCACCAUCCUUUGUCAUAUAUAUACACAUACAGUGUAUAUUUUUAGUUUCUUCCCAAUAUCUCAGGAGACGUGUGAGACCUGGUUCUGGUUCCACGGGUGUGGUAUGUGGUCUACUUGAUCCUUUUUGUGAGUCUUCCCUCUCUGAUUUAUUAAUUUUUUUAAAAGCUCCAUCAGCACCACAUGUCAGGAGAUGUGUGUGACUCGGUUCUCGGUCCAAGUGGUGUCUCGUGGACCUCCACUAGAUCUUUGUGAUGAACUCGAUCGGUUUUUCGCUCCGUCCCGACAUCUCAGGAGGCGGCAAGGUGUGGUUCUGGGCCCACUUAUGUUGCGCCAUGAGAUCCCUCUUGGGUGUUUUUUUUUUCCCUCCCCAAGAUGUCUGGAUUUCAUCUCCACGGCAAGCUCUCGGGAGAUGCGUGAUGUGGUUCUGAUCCUCCCAAGCGGUCCUCUUCAGAAACUGGAUCUUCUCGCUUCUCAGUGGGAUGUUUUGUGUUGAUGUUCUUAUUCGAUGUGCUCGUCUGCUGCCGGAACAACAGCAACAACAACGUGGAACCUCGCUGAGCUGUCCUCUGUGAGGAAGAACUCUCGCUGGGCACCGGUUGGAUUUUUUUUUGGGGGGGGGGGGGUUGAAAGAUGCGCGUGAUGGAGGUCCUUGUGCUUCGCUGCGAUAAGAAUUUUGGUUUGGUUGGACAACGCGGCAAAACCAUUUGAGGUGAAAAUGCAAAAGAGAUGUUUGAGGGACAUGGAAAGGGG